GCAGCGUCAAACUGCAGGGGGUGAAGCUUCGGUCUGUUUGGAAACAUGAUUUCAAAGUCCUCCGUUGUAGUAACGGUUGCUCAGCAGUCGGCUGAAAGCGUAAACUAUAAGGCUGUGCACAGGAACGAGCCGUGUUUUGAGUGUUAGCUGGUUGGCUUUUUUUUUUAAAGCCUGCUCGUUUUUGUCGCAUACACAUUGCGUGCACUUUAUUCGAGCCACGCUCAAAAAGUUGCACAACCAUGAGCCAAAAGACAACAUCAGCGGGGUCAGGAGAAAACGUGCCCUCUCCCUCAAAAGAAGAGCCGAGAGAAGCCGCGCAGCAUGCCGGGAUGGAGACGGACAACAUUAAACAGCUCGUGCACGAGUUCAAAGGACUUUACGAGCAGAGGUUGGCCACUCUGGAGCUGGACACCGGUGCAACCCGAGAGGACCUGCUACAGAAGAAAGUGAAUUUCCUGCGGUCUUAUGUGAAUGACCUUGCAGACCAGAACCAGGUGCUGCUGCAGACUAUUGAGGAUCUGCAGAAUGAAGCUGACUACAAAGGUUCCAUUUGGGGAAUACAGCUCUGCACCUCUGAUCGUAUUUUGGACGUGUCUGAGGUUGAUCUGAGGACUUCGUUGCUGGACGAGCUUGUUGGCCCUGCGUCUCACGUCACACACAGUAUUGGUUCCCUGGUCCAGACCACAUCUGAGUUGGAAGACCUGAACAUCCAGUUGCAAAACAAGGACAUUGUUAUCUUUGAUCUGGAGAGGAAUCUCAGGGAACAUUUCCGGCAGAAACAAAAGACUGCCACACAGGUGCUGGAAGGUAGUGAGAGGCUGGCGCGCUUGCAGAGCGAGCUCUCAUGUCUGCAGCGGAUCCAGAAAGACAACAUGAAGGAGAUUGCUGAGAAAGACGUCUGCAUCACCAAACUGCGAGCCAACAUCGAGCUGCUGCAACAAGAGGGGGCCGACACACACGCUCAGUUGACGGUCAGCAGGAAGCAGGUUGAGCUACUGAACAGGGAGCUGUCAGAGUCUCACCAGAAGGAGGAGAUGCUUCUCUCUGAGAUGAAAGAGAGAGACGAGCAUGUGAGGCACCUGGACCAGGAUGUGGUUGGUUUGCGAGCCACACAGGACUCUCUGAAGGGAACCUUGGCUAUGAAGGAGAAACACAAGCAACAGCUGGUCCAAGACAACGCACAGCUCAAAGAAAGUCGUGCUUCACUGCAGAGCAAAUUACAAACCAGUGGGUGUCUGUUGAGUGACAUCAGUAAAACCCUGGACCAGACCAAAGCCAGCCUGGACACGGAGAGACAGCAGAGACAGCAGAUCCAAGACCAGUUGCGCCAUGCCAACAAAGAGAUGGAGCAUCUGCAGCAGGAGCUAAUACACGUGCGUCACGCCACUGAAAAGAAGAUUCAGAAGAGGGAGAUGAAGAUGUGCGCGCUGGUGAACGAGCUCACGGAGAGCAAGAUGCAGCACUCUGAAUGUCAGAGAGAGUUGCUCCAAAGAGAGAAGGCUUUGGAGAAAGUGAGCGAGGAGAGGGAUGAGCUGAGAGCCAAGAUGGAGGACCGGAGCAGAGAGUUUGUCCACGUCAACCAGACCAAAGAGAGACUGGAGGCUGACUUGGCCCUGAGCCAUGAGAAAGGCCACACCUUGCACCUGGAGGUUGGAAGCAGAGAUCAGUUAAUUCUGCAGUUGGGCGCUGAAAUGAAGACGGCUGAACAAAAGCAUCAGAGGAAACAGGAACAGGUGGCAGCACUGAAGGGCGAGGUGAGACACUUGAAACACAAGGUCAGAGGACACCAGGAUGAGACGUGUCAGCUCAGCGAAAAGCUCAGCGAUAUCGAGCGCCUUGUAGAGCAGAAAGAGAAAGAACAGCAGCAGCUACGUGGCCAGCUCCGUAUUGGUCAGCAACAGGUCGAGGCAUUUGAAGGGAAGCUAAAGAAGCAGGGGGUUGAGAUGGAACUUCUUCAUCAGCAGCUGAAAGGAGCCAAGGAGGUGAUGAAAGAUGCCGGUUUACAAGCCCAGGAGCAGAAAGAAACAGUAGCCAUUUUUAGACAAAAGUACACAGCAGCCAUAGAGAAGGUGCAUGGGGUGCAAGGACGGGUGGAGCUUUUGGAAGAGGAACUACAGUAUUCACAGCAACAGCUACGAGAUUCCCAAUUGGCAUCGCAUUUGGUGAAAGAAGAGCGGGCUGAGAUGGAGCAGCGCUGGCUGGGAAAGGUUGGGCAAUGGGAGAACGCCCAGGAGGCUUUGGACCAGUUGACGGAUGAGCUCCAGGCCAACCAGAAUCUACUGAGGGAGAGUCAACAGAAAGCAGAGCAUCUUAAAGGCCUGGUGGGAUCCCUGCAGGAGCAGGCGGACACAGUCAAACAGCAGAAAGUGCUGUUGGAGUGUGACCUCCAGCUAUACCAACAGACUCAUUCUCACUCGGAUGAGGAGUACCUCAGCCUGCUGAGACACAGAGAGCCGCUACAGAAGCGCUGCACUGAGCAGGUUGAGCGCCUCGCGGAGUGUGAAAAGGCUAUUCUUCAGAUGAAGUCAGCGCUGGAGAGACAAGCCCAGCAAAAAGCAGAGCUGAAGCAAAGUCUUGUUACAAACAUGUGCAAUCGGAGCCAGCUGGAACAGCAAGUGAUACAUCUGAAAAAGGAAGUUACACGCUUAAAGCUUGAGCUGACGGACACCCAAAAGGUACAUGUGGCACUUCUCAGACAGGCAGAGGAGGAGCUGAAGGAGGCCAGACGAGAGGCAGCGAGACGGAGCAGCGAGGUGGAUGCACAGAGAGCAGAGGUCCAGAGACUUCAGGAAGAGUUACUGAAGGGGGAGGAGAAAAUGAGGAGUGCCAUCAGAGAGAAACAGAGUCUGAGCAGUCGCGUCAGGCAGUUGAGUCAAGAGCUGGAGGAGCGGCGCUGCAAUCUGCAAGUAACAGGUGGCAAUCAGUCAAUCAUUGAUCAGUAA